CAUCCUCCAUCUCCUCUUCGCCCUCACCGUCGUGGCCUACCUGCGCGUCUUUCGUGCUCACACCCUUUGGCUCCCAGUCCCACCCUUCUGCUCCUCAUUCAACACUGCUAGGCCCGGAACCAACGCCAUCAGCUGCAGGAGGAGUACCUUGAGGACCGCAACUGUCAGUGCGCUGCAAUCAGCCGUGGCUCUCCUCCACCGCUUCUCGACCGUCUUUACGCCAUUGCGAGUAACCGCGACGCUUCCCGGCCUCCCUGACGAAGCGGACUUCGAAAAGAUCAGACGCGACAUGCUGCACCAGUGUGCACUGGACGGUUCUCUGAUGCGCUGCUGGCGCGACGGUUGCAAAGGCCGCUGGAAACCUGCCAGGACACGGCAUUGCGGUGACUGUCGGACAUGCAGGAUUGGGUUCGAUCACCACUGUCCAUGGUUCGAUGCCGACGUAAUAGCGCAGCACACCAUGCCCUCCUUCCUCCUCUUCCUCCUCCUCGCGGCCCUGCUGCUCAUUCUAGCACUCGCGCCCCUCGUGCACGGGGCCUACGCCGAUUUCAACGUACUGCUCCACGUCGCGUGGGCGCACCCGCACAUGCACACCCGCUGGUGGCAGCGUCGCUGGACGUGGUACGGGGGCCCGACGCUGCGCUACGGUGGCGCGCUUGUCGUCGCGGCGCGGCUGCUGCGUGAGGAGGCGUACCCGAGCAGAGGAAGAGGAGAGAGAGCAGCAUCAUUACACGCCCCCGUCACGUUGUCCAUCGCCGCGCUGCUGACCGCAGUGGCGCUCGGCCUGCUCACAACGACGCUCCACAUGACGACGCGCGGCGACCUCAGUGUGGACGUCAUGCGCCAGAGGGCGCACAGCGCAGUGGUUUCGCAACAAAGAAGAAAGGGGGAGAAGGCACGCGCACUAGCAGCAGCAGCAGUGCCACAAACAUCGUCGUCCACCGCUUCCAAUCUCAGCCCCACCAUGUACUUCUGGGUCCCUCUACAUCUUUUGUCCGAUGGCGCUGCGGGCGCGGGCACGAGGCAGCAGCCGCAUUUGGACGUACCGCGGACCAUACGCGAAGCAGGUGGCAUCGUCGUGUCCACCACGGCCGAUGGAGGAGAUGAGGAAGCCGUGAGGCCGUACGACUGGGGCUUUUGGCGGAAUCUACAGCUGAUUCUCGAGAAACCAGCGAGGCAGAAGGACGCGAUGCAAUGGCCCAUUUCCCCGGCUGCGCGCCAGGCGCUCGUCGCUCGCGCCGUUGCAGCCGUCAGGGAGAUGGACAAGGAAAAGGGGUCCUGAUUCGCUCGUGGAAUCCACACAAACUGCUCGCUCUCCUUCGCAUGUGGCAAAGCGACGGUAUACCGCCUGUAAUGUAGCUCUGCACUCUAUU